AUGGCCUCUGUCACGAGUACACUUGUAGCUCCCCGCGAGAGGGGUGAGAAGGGCGAGACAGACCGAGAGUCCAGCCCUACACCUUCGCCGUCGAUUCUCGAUGAAGCUGUCGAGAAGAAGGAGAAGGCUGGCAUUGCUACCGAUGAGGAAGCCGGCACAACACAACCCACGGAGGCGAAAGAGGCCGUCUAUCCCACCGGCAUUCGGCUAACCUUCAUCGUUGUCGCCCUCGUCCUCAGCAUCUUCCUCGUUGCUCUCGACAUGACCAUCGUCGCGACCGCUAUCCCCAAAAUCACGGACGAAUUCCGCGGCUUGGAUCAGGUCGCCUGGUACGGAUCCGCGUUUUUCAUGUGUGUUGCCGCCUUCCAGUCAACAUGGGGUAAGGCGUACAAGUACUUCCCGCUCAAGACGUCCUUCCUGCUCUCCAUCUUCAUCUUUGAAGUCGGCAGCCUCAUCUGCGGAGUGGCGCCCAACUCGGUCGCCCUCAUCGUCGGCCGUGCCAUCGCCGGCGUGGGUGCCGCGGGCAUCGGCUCCGGCGCCUACACCAUUAUUGGGUUCUCCGCUCCGCCGGACAAGCGACCUACCUUCACCGGCAUCAUCGGCGCCUCAUACGGCAUCGCCUCCGUCAUCGGUCCCCUCAUCGGCGGCGCCUUCACUGACCAUGUCAGCUGGCGUUGGUGCUUCUACAUCAACCUCCCCGUCGGCGGCAUCUCGGCCGCCAUCAUCCUCUUUUACUUCACCACCCCGCCCCAGGCCGUCCCCGUCAAGGCCAGCCUGCUCGAAAAGUUCCUGCAAAUGGACCUGAUCGGCACCGCCCUCAUCAUGGGCGCCACCAUCUCGUUCCUGCUCGCCCUGCAGUGGGGUGGCCAUACCCACCCCUGGAACUCCUCCACCGUCAUCGGCCUCUUCGUUGGCUUCUUUCUCAUCAUCAUCGCCUUCGUCGUUCUCGAGUGGUACCAGGGCGAGCGCUCAAUGAUCGCGCCGCGCCUCAUCAGCGACCGCACCGUCUACAUCUCGUCCAUCUACGCCUUCUUCUUCGCCGGUUCCUACUUCGUCCUGGUGUACUACCUGCCCAUCUAUUUCCAGUCCGUCGACAACGCUUCCCCGACCCAGUCUGGUGUUCGCAACCUCCCGCUCAUAAUCGCCGUAACCAUUGCCACCAUCGUCUCCGGCGUCUCCAUCUCCAAAACCGGCAUCUACACCCCGAUUCUCGUUGGUAGCGCCGUUGUCGCCACCGUCGGUGCCGGUCUUAUCUACACCCUCGAUAUCGGCACUGGAAGCGGCAAGUGGAUCGGGUACCAGAUCAUCGCCGGUCUGGGCUGGGGCGCCGGCUUCCAGGUCCCCAUCAUUGCUAUUCAGGGCACCGUCGGUGAAAGCGAUCUCGCCUCUGCCACCGCUGUUCUCCUCUUCUUCCAAACCGUUGGUGGAGCAUUCUACGUGGCCGCCGCCCAGUCGGGCUUCCUCGUCACGGUCCUCAAGAAAGUCACCGAGAACGUGCCGGGAAUCGACCCCGCCCUGGUAGCCAUCACCGGCGCCACCCAGAUCCGCAGCGCCUUCCCCGCCGAAUUUGUGCCCGGCGUCAUCCAGGCCUACAUGGAUGGUCUCAAGAUCGCCUUCGCUCUGGCCAUCGCCGGCGCCGGUGUCUCAGUUCUCGUCUCCCUCGGCUCGAGAUGGGGGAAGCUCAACACCCAGAACCUGACCGGCGCCGCUUGA